AUGGCUCCUGUCACCGCCCAUCUGAUCGCACUGUCACCAUCUAGUGACGCAAAAUCUUUCGAGCACGCCCUCAAGACUUUCCGUUCACAAGCCAACGGUUCAAGCCUGCUUUGGGCUGGAUAUUGUCACCACUGGAUACAUGAACCGCAACUUUCCCGUCCAGCUCUUACUGGAAUUGGUUCCAUUCUGAAGCAGUGGGAUUUCGUGCUGGUCACGGAUCAAACCAUCCCCAACGCACAGGGCCUACCUGUCGCGCUUCUAAACCUCGUUUCAGAUCACUGGUCCAUAACUUUCGAUGCUGCGGACGAACUGAUCAACGGGGUCGAGGACUCGAUGAGGGACGUCAUCUCAAAGUCGCCUCCGGCGCUACCGGCAGGCUGGUCCCCCGAAGAUCUCAGUGGCCUUCGCAAGUCAGCCCCUCCAGCGGAUCUUGUCACAUCCUUGGGUACACGGUCACCCGUCUUUGGCAAGGACAAGUCUGCGAGCUUGAUGGAUUUGAAAACCUUUGUCGAGUCCCAUGUCCUUGAAAACCCUGGCCCUAUCUUCAUGUUCAACCUGCUAUCUUUCUUUCCCAAUCAACAAGCGCAGUAUCUGAAUUAUGUUUCGGCAUUUGUCCAAGAGAUUGGGCCAAAGUACGGGGCACGGCCUGUUAUUUACGGCUUUGGCGUUUCGGGGUGGACCUCUAGACCCGAGGAUGCGGCAGACCCGGGCGUGUGGGAGAACGUUGCCGUCAUUGGGUAUCCGAGCCUCUUGCAUUUCGCCAAGAUGCUUGACGAUGCUCGGUACGCAGAGCUGGAUCGAGCUUAUAAGGGAGGCGUGGUCCGUGAUAACCCUCUUAUUUGCUGUACCACGGUUGAUUUUACUGCUUAA